UGUUAAUCUAGAGGAUAGCAUUUAAGCAAAUGUGCUUCUUAUCUGUUUACAUAAAAUCAUCAUACAGUUAUGUAUUUUAAAUAUUUGAGACAUAGGUCAUGUAUAACAUUCUUUUAUAUUUCCAUGUAAGGAAAGAAAACAGGAAACAUUAAACAUUAUGGGUCAGACGUUGUUAGUAACGUAAUCGCUGUGACUUGUUAAUACAGUUAACUUUAACCAAACAUUCCACUGGGAAUGUAGAACUUAUAUAAGACGUUGGACUUCUGUGUAUCUGACUAUAUAUGAAUGUUAUAUACGUAACUAGACUUGUCUCAUGCUUAAGUAUAAUUCAAAGAAACUGAGACUAAUUGAAAUGGAUUAGAAACAGUCUUUUUGAAAGAAAACUUACGGAGGACUUAAUCAAUAUAUUGUUUACUAGUACAAGUAAUCGUGAAACAGUCCUUCAGUUUAGAACUGAUGGCUCGCUUCCAUAAUAAAUUGAUUUGGCUGACAUCUUUUGCAUUGGGUGUCUCCGUCUCUUUUUUACGUGAUUUUGUGUCAAAAACUACAAACAUAAAUCAACAGCUUAAUUAUCCUCUUGAGAAUAUAGAAAAACUUCCUAUUGAAACACGAAAAACAUUUAAGUUAACCACCAAAAAGGAGUUCAAGCUGAAAGAAGACGCAGUAUAUCGCAAACAGGUGUUCAUGGCAAAUUAUCGACCAAUUAAAAACUCUGCUGGAAUAAACUGCACAAAAAUAAUUUACAAUAAUAAACAUGAAAUAUCAAACGCAGAGAAUAUCAUGACAAAACCUUUGUCUGUGAAAGCAAAACUUACACCAGACUUUUACUUGAAUCUUACAAACACAUGCGAUUUGUUUCGUGAUUCGAGGGGCUAUAUUGAACACCCUCUUUCUAAAUCAGAAUUUGAAUUUCCAGUUGCAUUUUCACUACUGGUCUACAAAGACAUUGAACAAGUUGAACGACUCUUGCGUUCAAUAUAUAGACCUCACAACUUCUAUUGCAUACAUAUAGAUUUCAAAAUGGAUAAAACUGAGAAGAAGGUCUUGAAAAAAAUUGCAGAUUGUUUUAACAAUGUGUUUGUUGCUAACGAAUCAAUCGAUGUGAAAUGGGGACAGUUUACACUUUUGGAAGCAGAAUUGGUUUGCAUGAAAACGCUUUGGGCGUACAAACAAUGGAAAUAUUACAUAAACCUUACUGGACAAGAAUUUCCAUUGAAAACCAACCGCGAAAUAGUGGCUAUCCUUAAAGUCCUUGAAGGUGCAAACGUUGUUGACGGAUCCUUGGGAAAAGCGAGGAUACACUUUAAAAGAUGGUCUUCGGCAGGUUCACCACCACCACAUAACAUAACAUUUGUUAAAGGAUCAAUGCAUGUUGCGGCUAAUAGAUACUUUGUCGAUUUCUGCCUUCAUGACCCGAGAUCACUAGAUUUCAUAGAGUGGCUGAAGAAAACAAAAAUUCCAGACGAGACUCUUUUCGCCUCAUUGAAUCAUAACCCACAUUUGGGAAUUAUAGGAUCUUUCCUAGGAGAAGCUGAGGAAUAUCCUUUGAAGCCGUAUUUUCUUCGUCACGUCAUCUGGUUUCCCGGAAGUAGAGUCUGCUAUGGAAAAGUCGUCAGAGAGGUGUGCAUACUUGGAGUUAGAGAUCUUCACAGGGCAUACAAUAGUAUUGAGUUAUUUGCUAACAAGUUUUAUCUUGAUUUUGAACAUAUAGCUCUUGAUUGUUUAGAAGAAUUGUUGUAUGAAAGAACGUGGAAAGAGUAUAUUGAAGACAUUCCUAUCGACACCUCUUAUUAUAAACACUUACACUACGCAAAAAUGCAGUUAAAACCAUGACAGAUAAGUACUCGCGGUUCGCAAAGAGCAUUAUUAUGCACGCUUGAUAAAUGUAAACUGUUCAUUUCUUGUGGUAUACAUUUUCUGUAUAUUUAUCUUCUGAUGGUCAACCCGCAAAAGUGGGCAUAGACAAAAGUUUUUUUCCUAUUAUUGUUUUUAUCAGAUAAGAAUAAUGUUAAUAACGCUUUAAUUUUGUAUUAUGUGGAAAUGAACUUAUAACAUUGACAUUGCAGCUUGUGUAACUCGCUGUUAAUUGAUAUUGCGCGUUUGAGUGUUUAUGUGUGGGAGGGGAGGAGGAGCGGGGCUCCUUAGACGAGUUUUUAAGGUUGCUGUCUUAGAAUCACUUGCUUUCAAUGCUGUGGGUUCGAAAUCUCUCAAGGGGUGAAACUUUCAUUCAUGUUAGGAACCAAUCCAGCUGGCUUACGGGCUCGACACGGGUGUCCGUCAAUGGCAGAAAUAAUGCACGAAGGGACACCUGAUGUCUUUCCCCAACAUAAAAAGAAUAAGAAGCUAAACAAUUGCCACAUGACCUGUAAUUGGAUGGUAUGACAAAAACAAUAUAUUGCGCGUAAUGUAUCUAAAUUGUAAGGAACCUUUCGGAGCACUGUUACACAGUAAGGGUCUUUUAUUUUUCAAAUCUGUCGUUUUUCUUGUAAACUGUAAAACUAUUUCAAACAAAUUUGUAAAUAUUUUCAUCCAUGUACCGGAUAUUAUUUGCUAAAGGAAUCCGAAUGCUAAUGUCAUGCACUUAUUUUAAUGUUUUAUCAUUGCUUUUAAACAAAAAAUCCUUUUGGUAAUUAAUCCUAACUGGCCGCUCUCCAUCUCGUAUAAGGUCAGAAAUAGAAAGAGUGGACACUAUUGAAUUAAAAAUGCACCCCACAUUGGGGUAAAAUGGUCACAGGUAUUGCACAUCACUUACGUCUCCGGUUUUAAAAUAUUUUUUACACCAUAAUUAUUCAUGGGUCUUAAUGAAUUUGGUUACAAUAUGGCUGCUUCAAUUGUUGCUACGAAGAUAGAAUAAUUUGAGCCGCGCCAUGAGAAAACCAAUAUAGUGGCUUUGCGACCAGCAUGGAUCCAGACCAGCCUGCGCAUCCGCGCAGUCUGGUCAGGAUCCAUGCUGUUCGCUUUUAAAGCCUACUGCAAUAAGAGAAACUGUUAGUGAACAGCAUGGAUCCUGACCAGACUGCGCGGAUGCGCAGGCUGGUCUGGAUCCAUGCUGGUCACAAAGCCACUAUGUUGCUUUUCUCAUGGCAUGGCUCAUUUUAUGUUAUUCCUUAUUUUAGGUUAUUGUUAUCUCAUAUAUUUGUCAUUGAUUUUAUUAAUUGGUUAACGUAGUAGAUGUAAGCCUUGGGGAAUUGUUGAAAACUGAAAAAAAGAUCACACCAUGACCAAGGUCAAACAACCGACAAACGAAAGAGUUUUGCAAAUUUAAUAAGUAUGCGGCUGUCUAAAAUAUUCUGAAAUUUUGCUAUAAAUCUUAUAACAAAUAAAACCAGAGCUGGAUAAUUGCUAACACAUACCGUAUGAACUAUCAAACAACAGACGUAAAGGCUCGUGCAAGAUUUUUUUUUCUCCUUUUAAGAGAUUUUUAUAUUUGGGCUCUUUAUUCUUCAUACAUUAUUAGUAUAAAAAAGAUUACCAGAAAACUUAUACUUAGUUUUGAAUUAUAGCAGCAUUUUGUCAUUGUGCUAGUUUAACUUCGAUCUUAAGCUUAUUGGUAUAUUUUGCAAUUGCCUUUGGAAAAAUAAUUUGUUUUGAUUUUACGACAUUUUGGUAAUUGUGUAAAGGGAUAUUGGGCAUUUUCAAAGAAGAUAUAAGGGCAUCAAAAGAUUAAAAUUAUGUGAAACAUGUAGCUGCUCAAGCAAGAAAUACCGUAUGAAAUUCAGUAAAACGUUCUGGUACAAGUGGUCACCGCUAGCUGUAAGCUGUGUGCAAAAAUUGUCUAUAGAUUAGAAAUUAGACCUGUAUCUUUAUUUAGUCAUUAGCUAUAUAGUCAACUUCGUUUUAUCUGUUUAAAGAUUUAAAAGACCUUUCAAAAAUGUAUAGAUGUAUAGAGUUAUAUGUUUUAAUACGAUAAAGAAACAACACAAACCUUUGAAGACUGUAGCGAAUAAAAUUUCAUAAAGCGUUAUACGCCACCAUAAGUCCUACGACGGACUUACAAACCCAUCUAUACGUCACCAUAUGUCCUACGACUGACUAACAAAUCCCUAUAUACGCCAACAAAAGUCCUACGACGGACUUACAAACCCCUAAAAACUCCACCUAAAGUCCUAAGACAGCCUCAACUAAGCCUAUAUAAUCAACCUUAAGCCCAAUGACGGAAUGUUUUACCCAUACACAGGACAUGCCAAACCCUUUGUAGGAUUUACUUACUCAAAUGAAGCCACAUGAUAUUUACAGUAUGAUUGUUUAUGAAAUAUGAUACGUAUGUUACAAAUGUACUGACUGGUCAAAAAGUGUCCAUAUUAUCAACAACUUUGUUUUAGUCUGUACUGUCUUAUAUGUAACAUAUGUUGUCUUGUAUGUUUGAGGUUUUACUUUCCUUUACCUCUUUUUAUAACACACGUUCUGUAACCCGCUUCCCCAGUUUUAUAUCGAUUUAUUAUACAUGUAAUAAAAGUUUUAGCUGGCAAA